AAGCCAUCAACCUUACCUUAAACCUGCCAUUUGUCUACCAUUUCCACCGCAUCAUCCAAUCUUAUCUAUUUUCCUGCUUCUGCUUCCCUUCACUCCCAUAGUUUCUUCUCCCAAAUUCUUCCCACCAUCUUUUGAUCAAUUUUCAAAUUUUACUGCAUCUUCAGUUUAUUCCCAUGCCAUCACUUUAAUCAUCUUCUCUUCUGAGUUCUAGAUUCCCCGUUCUGCUCAGAUAGUUAAACAUAAAGCAAAUUGUCCCAUCAAACUAUUUCUUCUUCACUUCUUCCUUCCAUUCACACAUUUUCUUAGUAUAGUAGUUGCACAAAAUGUCAGGUGGUGUUGGUCCAACUGGCAGUGACAUUAGCCUCCCACAAGAACAAGAAGUUGAUCACAAAGAGCAGCAAGAACAACAUUCACUCAAGAAUCUCCACAAAACCAUCACCACCACGCCUCACAAGCCAACUUUCCUCUCUUUCCGCCAUCUCAAUUGCUUGGCUGUGGUGGUUGUCUUAUCUUCCAGUGGCAUGGUUGCCCCUGAAGACUUUGCUUUUGUGCUCUUCUCCAUAAUCUACAUGUACUUCUUAUCAAAGAUGGCUUUCCCAUCUCUUCACCCAUCAAAGGAGGAACCUUUAGUUUUCAACCCAAAAAACAAGCUCCUUGCCCUCUAUGUGUUUAUAGGGGCCAUCAUUGGACUUUAUGCCCCAAUAGCUUAUAUCUUGGAGGGAAUAUUUGAGGGUGACAAGGAAGGGAUCAAAGCAGCUGCACCCCAUGUUUUUCUCUUGUCUAGCCAAGUCUUCAUGGAAGGGGUGGCAUUCUCUGGCAUGUUCUCAACUCCAAUGAGAGCUUUUGUGCCUGUCUUUUACAACUCAAGGAGGAUUUUCACCAUUGUGGAUUGGCUUAGGAGUGAGAUCAACAAGGUUAAUGAAGAGCACAGUGGGUCUGAUAGGAGGAUCUUUGUUGGGAGAGUACUUGCUGUAGCUAACAUGGCCUUCUGGUGCUUCAAUUUGUUUGGAUUUUUGUUGCCUGUUUAUCUUCCAAAAGUUUUUAGGUUGUAUUACGCUGGUCACAAAGACUGAUCAAGGACAAGGAGUCAUGUAGUUUUCUUUUGAUGUAUAAGGUCUUGAACCAUAAUUUACUGUUGGUUAGUGUAUGAUAUUUUCAUAGUAAAUGUAUUUGGUUGUGUAGAUAUAUA